ACGUGUAGCAAAUAAUAAUAAUUUAAUAAAUUUUAGAUUUAGUUGACAAUAAUUUUGUACAAGGUUUCGUUACUGAUUAAUAGACAAAUAUCUACAUUUCCUGGCAUGUUACCUCAAAUCGAUCAUUCCACCGAUUUCGAGACUUUUCCAUAAAAUGCAAAGCAACAGUAUUAUAAUUAUAGACUGGCGAAAGUGACGCAACGAUGAGACACUUGACGUGCUAAAGAACUAGCCACAGCGUUUGUCUCACCAUCAGUUUAGUACCUGCUGACGGUUGACCAACUAUGACAAAACGGUAUAUUAGCUCGUACCUUCGCGUCCUUUUAACAUUCCUUGCAGUGGGGGUUUGCUUGGUUGGUGCACUUGGAAGCUUUGAUGGAACCUUAACGGUGGUCCACAAGCUCACAAAGAAAACAGUCAUGACCAUUCAUAAUAUCAAGCAAAACUCCAACGAUCCACUUAUUAAGGCCAGUAUAUUCGUCCCAUCGCCACUUGACGCCUGUUCGGUACUUAACCAUUUACCAGACACCACGGGUUUGCACUUUCUCACUGCAGAUCCUGUGAACAUGCGGCUCUCAGCAUUGCUAGUCCAAGACGGAAAUUGUGAUAUCGAACAUAAGUUGAUGAAUGCCCAGAAUGCUGGCUAUACUGGCGUUAUCUUGUCCACUGAAAACGUUUUUUAUCCGGAUAUCAAUGCAAAUGCUGAAUAUAGUUCUAACACCCCCAGCGUUUUUUUGGCUUUAGUUUCCCUAUCCGAGGGGCAACUACUGCAAAAAUUUGCUAAGAAUUCAUAUAUUUUUCAAUUUCACCGUGAACCAUUCCUAUCGGAGCAACUUUAUGAUAUCGCUGCGAAAAUUGUGCAACUCAUGUUUGAUUCAGCAAUCAAUUUAUGGAGUUUUUGUGCACAAAUCAUAUCCUACAACUUGAGUGGUAUCAUUAGAACAAUUUUGUUAUAUUCCUUACAAAUAGCUUUGCUAUUACUUCCACUGGCGUUUCUUUCCUUGUUCGUGGUGGAAAAGGAGGAUGUACCAUCACCGUAUGCAGAAGAGUACACAUUUUUCUCUUGGGAUAAUGCUAGAGAACGAAGAUAUAAACGCUGGGAAAAUGUUAAUCACGAUGAAAUGAAUAGCAGCGAUGACGAAGUGUCUUUGCAGCGGUAUCGAGAUAUGCUAGGCGUUCCUGUGGGUGCUACAAGACGAGAUAUUGAGACUGAAUUCAGACGUAAAUCUUUCGAGUUUCACCCUGACAAAAACAUGCAUUUGUCUGUGGAUGAUCGAGAUCGAAAAGCAAAACAAUUCAAAGAGCUGUAUGCUGCGAAGACUGCAUUGUUAAACGUCCUGGAACAUUAGCUCAUAUAAUUUUUCAUUUGUUUACUAAUUUAACGUCGUUUUGUUCACGUAUUAAUUUAAUAAAGGACCCCUCUCAUUCUUUUAAUUGUUA